GGUGCACUGGAAUCGACAGCUCUUUCAAUGCAGACCAGUGGGGUUUAUUGACGCUGCAUUCGUUUUAUUUCGUGCAGAAUAAUGCGAAGGUCUCCAGAUGUGAGUCCCAGAAGAUUGUCGGAUAUCAGCCCUCAGCUCCGGCAGCUCAAAUACCUGGGGGUGGACGAGUCCAUUAAAGAAGAUCUCAAAUCGUCCAGAUCGUUUGAGGACCUGAACAGCGCUUCCAUCGGUCUCACCUCCAUAGAGGAGAGGAUUUUACGAAUCACUGGGUAUUACGGCUAUCAGCCCUGGACUGUCAGCUACACCAGUGAGUCCGACCUUACCAUCUGCUCUGUCCUCUCUCCAAAGGAGGGAGUCGAUGACACCAUGGAUGGAGAGGUCAGAGUGGGAGGCAGAGGAAGGGAAAGAGGGCAUGGUCGAAGAGGAGGUCCUUGCUGCCGGAGGUGCUCCCUCGCUCUGCUCAAGAGGGUCAUCUGGGGGAUAGUGGUGGUCUUGAGCGUCUGUUCUACUUGGGCAGCCUCGACGCAGCUUGCAAAGCUAACCUUCAGGAACUUUGAUGCUCCGUUCACUGUCACAUGGUUUGCAACAAACUGGAAUGUGCUGUUUUUCCCCCUGUAUUAUAUCGGCCACACGUGCACAUCUGUAGAGAAACAGUCACUACUGCAGAGAUUCAGGGAAUGCUCCAGUUUUUUCAGUCUCGAUGGUUUGACUGGCAAAGUAUUCUUCACAAGAACAGCCCCCUUCUGUGUCCUUUGGACUUUAACAAACUAUCUGUAUUUACUCGCUCUCAAGAAAAUUAACACGACGGACGUUUCAGCGUUGUUCUGCUGUAAUAAGGCCUUUGUGUUCCUGCUUUCCUGGAUAGUUCUACGAGACAAAUUCAUGGGAGUUAGGAUAGUUGCUGCUAUUCUUGCCAUCGCUGGGAUAGUGAUGAUAACCUAUGCUGAUGGCUUUCACAGUCAUUCGGUUAUUGGAAUUGCACUUGUUGUAGCAUCAGCAUCCAUGUCUGCUCUUUAUAAGGUGUUGUUUAAAAUGCUCCUGGGCAGUGCAAAGUUUGGAGAAGCAGCCUUAUUUUUAUCAGUUUUGGGAAUUUUCAACAUUAUUUUUAUCACUUCUGUUCCUGUAGUACUUUACUUUACGAAAGUUGAACACUGGGCUUCAUUCAGCAAUAUACCCUGGGGAAACCUGUGUGGAAUGGCAAUUCUACUGCUGUUUUUUAACAUAGUCAUAAAUUUUGGGAUUGCUGUUACUUAUCCCACCCUGAUAUCAAUUGGAGUAGUCCUAAGUGUUCCUGUGAAUGCUGUUGUGGACGUUUACACCAGUGAUAUCGUCUUCAACGGUGUUCGAGUGAUCGCUGUCCUGAUAAUCUGCCUGGGGUUCCUGCUGCUGCUCCUCCCGGAGGAGUGGGACAAAGUGGCCAUGAAACUUCUCACACGCCUAAAAGUGAGGAAAAAGGAGGAGGUCACGGAGGAGCGCGGGGAGCCGGGAUUCGCAGGUCAGAGCUGGCACAGAGCGUCCAGGACAUCAGCGGCAGCAAGGACAUUCGGACAUUCUUUCUAGCACCAAUUUUACCUGGAGCCGGUUGCACCAAACACUUGUGUGUAUUACACGGGAUUCAAGCUUUUCUGGUAAAAGGUUAAAAAAACCUAAAUAUAAGCACAUAUUACAUAUGGUGUAUAUUUCUUAAUUCUUUUUAUAAAGCAUUGGGCAUGUUGUCUAAUAGCUUGCAUUCUUCCAUGUCAGGCCUGUCAUCAGGUGAUUUUAAUAAGAAAGGGGUUUAGUCUGACUUCUCCUCUCUCCACCCCCUCCCAACCCCCCACACACACACAAACACAUACACGCACUUCUCACCCAUCUCGUCCAACCUAUUGCUUGCUCUGCUGUUGCUAGCUGUGGAGGAAAUGAAGGGAUACGAUGGCUGCUAUCAGUUUGUACCAGAACUUCAGAUUACAGAUUCCCAGGCUGUGGUAACUCACGCUUGGGGAACAGAUAUUCCUUAGAUUGAGAAUCACGUUUAAAGAUUGUAGAGUUUAUUUACAACUCAUGAUUUCUAUGUUAUACUAAGUGUUCAUUGAGGGCUAGAGUCCUCAAUGGAGUCCUGUAA